AUGGAGGGUAGAGAGCAUAUGGUUAGAAAUGAAAUUGCAGUUCUAAAAAAAGUAUCACAAGGUCAUAAAAAUAUUCUAACUUUACAAGAUUAUUUUGAAACUAUAAACAAUCAUUUGGCUCUUGGUGGUGAAUUAUUUGAUCGUAUUUGUGCAAAAGGAAAUUAUUAUGAACGCGAUGCUGCUCAUCUUGUUCGCAGUAUAACUGAUGCUGUUGCUUAUUUGCAUGAUAACGGCAUCGUUCAUCGUGAUCUUAAGCCGGAAAACUUACUUUUUAGAACUCGAGCUGAAGAUUCGGAUCUUCUUAUUGCUGAUUUUGGUCUUUCUAAAAUCAUUGAUUCUGAGAAAUUCCACGUACUUACCACCACAUGUGGCACUCUUAGUUAUAUGGCACCUGAAAUAUAUAGUAGAGUCGGCCACGGUAAACCGGUAGAUUUAUGGGCCAUAGGUGUCAUUACUUACUUUUUAUUAUGUGGUUAUAUACCAUUUGAACGGGAAAAUAAUGCUGAUGAAAUUGAUGCAAUUCAAAAAGCUGAUUAUAAGUUUGAACCUCUAGAAUUUUGGGAAGGAAUUUCAGAAGAUGCCAAGGAUUUUAUUAAUAAAUUACUUACGAUUAAUCCCGAUGCUCGACUUACUGCUCAUCAGGCUUUGGCGCAUCCUUGGCUAUCCGAACCGUUACAAACUCCAGUCGGUGGUUACCCAAAUCACGAUUUGUUGACUAGUGUUCGUCAUAAUUUUAAUGCUCGUAAAACUUUUAAGAGAGCUGUGGAUGCCGUUAAAGCUAUCAAUAGCCUUAAAAAUCAUACAAGAAGUAACAGUCUUGCCAGUUUAUUGGAAAAAACUAAAGCUGAAAUGGAUGAAGAAGUCGAUCAAGUUUUAUAUUAUCAUUGA